AUGAUCCUGACCGAGAAUUCUAUUAAAUCUUUUGCCACGCCAGAAGAGGAGGCAGAAAAGGUUCAGGUUGAAGAAGGCACCCCCGUCGAACCCGCGAUUGUUGAACAGCCCCAUUCCGAGGGGACUGCCUCCGAUGAAAAGGUUAAAGAGCCUUUGAUUACGGAGUCUGCUGGUCAGGAAGAGGAAUCAGAUGCGUUCGUGACCGAUCAAAGCGGCCAUAAGAAAACCCUUCAAAACAUUGGCAAGGUCACCUUGCUAGAGUCAUGGUUUGAUGCCAAGUCAGGGUCAGAGAUCCGUAAGCUGGAGUUGACAAUCGGCUCAGAGUCGAAGAUCGUGUGGCAUUUUCUUUUCCCACGCUGGGCGGAUUAUUCCACGCCCAAAGGCGGCGAUCGCGACGCACUUCUUGAACUCAUCAAGUUAUCAGCUUCCAAAUCAGGGCCUGAUAAUCCAAGUAUGAUCCACUGCGGUGCGGGCGUCGGCCGCACGCGGGUUUUCAUUGCCCUAGAUUAUCUCCUCCAAGAGCUUGAAUCGGGCCAGUUGCUGCAGCUAGCCGAUCCUGAAACCGACCCUGUCUUUGAAACGGUCAACCUAAUGCGCGAGCAACGCAUGUUUAUGGUUUACAACGAGAUGCAGUUUAAAUUUAUCUACUAG